AUGAGCCGCGCGCCGCGCCCGGACCCGACCCGCGACGCCCCCCGCGCCCCGCCGCGCGCGCCCGAGGAGGCGUAUGACCAUCUUCUGGAAGCCCCAGUCAGCCGAGAGCAGCUUAACCACUAUCGGAAUGUGGUUGAGAAGACCCAAAGCGAACUUGCAGCCACUUUGGUCAAAUUUGAAUGUGCUCAGUCCGAGCUUCGAGACCUUCGAUCUAAGAUGCUGUCCAAAGAAGCUUCCUGUCAAGAGCUGAAAGCAGAAAUGGAGAACUACAAAGAAAACAAUGCUCGGAAAUCAUCUCUCCUCACCUCUUUGAGAGACAGAGUUCAGGAGUUGGAGGAAGAAUUAGUAGUACUUUCCAAUUCUAAAAUUCGAACAGAAAUCACAGCUCACCAGGCCAUCAAGGAGAACCAGGAGUUAAAGAAGAAAGUCAUCGAGCUACAUGAGAAAUUACAAAAGUGUUUAACAGAAAAUGAAGAGAAUAAGACUCAAAUCUCGAAGAACCGCAAGAGACAUGAGGAGUUCCUAGCUCAGCUCCGUGAGAGCUUGGAUCCAGACGGGAAGAACCAGGAAGCUUCUGAUGCAGAUUUAAUUCUAAAGCUACAGGAGCUGCGCGAGGAAAACGUGACGGUGAAAGGCCAAGUUGUGACUCUGGAAGAGGCGAGGGCCGUGCACGAGAUGGAAGCCAAGGCGAGCAGAGAAACCAUCUCCAGGCUGGCCUCGGAGCUGCAGGGCGAGCAGCGGCGGGCGGCCCUGGGCGCGCAGGAGCGGGAGCGGCUGGGCCAGGACUUGCUCCAUGCCGUCGAGGCGAAGGAAAGCCUGGAACACGAAGCAAAAGGUCUCCAAGAAAGACUGCUUGCCGGCCAGCGGCUCUGGGAGGCCUCCAAGCAGGAGCUGGGCCUGCUGAAGGACCGUUCCCGCGAGCUGGAGAAGAGCCUGCAGGCCAGCGUGGAUGCGGCCAGCGUGUUCCAGAGCCAGUAUGCAUCCUUCCGGGAGAAGAUCGCCGCCCUCCUGCAGGGGAGCUCCGGCAGGGUCGGGGCCACGGAAGAUGCCAUUCUGGAGAAGAUUCAAGAAAUGCAUCUGCAGGACGAGAGUCGCAGAAGGAUGGUUUCCCAGCUUGAAGCCCAAAUAUCUGAGCUGGUUGAACAGUUGGGAAAUGAGUCUGGAUUUCACCAGAAAGCACUCCAGCGGGCCCAGAAGGCAGAAAACAAGUUGGAGAUGCUUCAGGGUCAGCUGACACACCUGGAAGGAGAACUAGUUUCUGGAGACGUCUUGCGGGACAACUUGCAUUUUGAAAAACAGAAAUAUCUUCAAUUUUUGGAUCAGCUCUCGGAGAAAAUGAAACUGGACCAGAUGGCGGCUGAGCUUGGCUUUGACAUGCGUCUGGAUGUUGUUUUAGCUCGCACGGAGCAGCUGGUCCGUCUAGAGAGCAGCGCCGUCGUUGAAAACAAGACGAUUGCCCACAAUUUACAGCGGAAGCUCAGGGCCCAGAAAGAAAGGCUGGAGAGCCGGGAACUGCACGUGAAGCUGCUGCGGCAGAAGGUGGCGCAGCUGGAGGAGGAGAAGCACGUGCGCACGGCGCUGGCGGCGGAGCGAGACGAGGCCCAGCUGGCCGUCAGGAGGCUGCAGAGGAAGACGGACAGGCUGCAGAAGGAGCUGAGCGAGUGCCGGGAGUCCAACACGGCGCUCAAGGCCCAGCUGGCGGACACCAACGAGCUGAAGAUUAAAACUUUGGAACAGACCAAAGCCAUUGAGGACCUGAAUAAAUGCAAAGACAAGCUGGAGAAGAUGAAGGAGAAAGCCGAGAAGAAGCUGUUAUCAGUGAAGUCAGAGUUGGAUAGCACUGAGCAUGAGGCGAAGGAGGAUAAGGAGAAGGCCAGGAAGAUGAUGCAGGGGGUCACCAGUGAAAUGAAGACCCUGAAAAAAUCUCUGGAAGAAGCAGAAAAGAGAGAAAAGCAGCUGGUAGACUUCAAGGAGGUGAUUUCUCAGAUGCUGGGCUUGAAUGUGACGAGUCUGGCUCUUCCAGACUAUGAAAUCAUCAAAUGUCUUGAGCGACUGAUCCACUCACAUCAACAUCACUUUGUCACCUGUGCCUGCCUCCAAAAUGGGACCACGGGGGUAGAUAGGCACCUCAAAGACCAUUUAAAGCUUCUCAAUUGAACACUGUUUCUCUCGGGAAAGGUGACACUAAGAGAUGGGAAAUGAUUCUCAGUUCCACAAAAUCCCCAUAUAUUUGAAAUUGGAUUCAUGUGUGACUGUUGUGUAUACUGAUGGUAGAGCGAGAAUUCAUUGAUGACAGAAUUUAAAAAAGAAUCUCAAAGAUGCCAGAUUUAGGUGUAUGCUUGGCACUAAACACACCUAUUAUUUCAUUUGAUAGCAGUUAGGGACCCAGAAGAAUUCCACUCAAUUGCAUAUCUAGACCAGAAAACAGCAGUAAGGAAUUUAUAUUUAUGGAUAUCAAUUAUGAGUCGGGGGCUUUACUACCCAAUUUAAUUCUCAGAAUAACCGCAUGGAGAAACUUUAAUGUUUUUAUUUUACAGCCUCUCUGUGGCUCAGAGAGAAAGUGUUACUGAUUCACAAUUGCAGCUGGUAGUUGAUGGAACCAGAAUGAAAACCACUGGCUCUGCCUCCAAGGGCCCCCUUGUCAGUGAGGGGGCAGGUCUGUCACUGUUCCUGAUCUGGUGGGUAUCACCUGGAGAAAGAACAAAAAACAGCCAUGCAAUCCGGGAUUGAAGCCCAACAGUGACUGAGAUCUAUGAGUGUGAUCUUUCUGAUCUCUUCAAAAAACAUCGGACCUAAUAAUUUGGAUAAAACAUAGGUCUGAGGUCCCACAAAACCCAAACCCAAACCCAACCAAACCCUAGUGGUCGUAAAUCUUGCUUCAGGGUUGCACACGAUGGUGAUUUUUGCACUCUACCCCUCUGAGCUGCUUCCCCACCUCCUCUGGUGAUAGUUUUAAUGAUUGGACAGUCCAAGCUCUGCACUUUCAUAAUGAAAGCUUCAGUGUGGAACCUGGAAGGGUGAAGAACUCUGAUGUCAUUUCAUUCACUACUAUCAAAUGCAAUCAGGGUACUCUCAGGAUCGGGAUCUGAUUAUGAAUAGCUACCACUUCUCUUAAAAAUAAUUCUACUUCACAGAUAUUUUUCAGAAACUGUCUUCUUCCCUGAGAGAAAACAUGUUACUCUUUAAGGCGAUUAUUUUAUUUCUGCCAUGUGGUGUUGGAUAAUACUGAGCUGUCUUUGCUGCUCCUACAGAGACCUUAGGGUUUAUUGAGCUACUCCUACAACAGUGCAAUUGAGGCACAACUAAUAAUUCUAUAUUGAUUUUCUCUUUCCUUUAUAUCAUAUGUGUGGUUUAUUUGGCAAUGUCCUUUUUGCAUAGACACAGGAAGACAAUUGAUGCUAUGCUAUGUAACAUGGGAGUUAAUUGACUACAAAAUAAUAUUUACUC